CUAUGGAGAGGAGUUUUCUUCUUAUUACCCUAACAUUCGUUAUGAUAGUAAGUGCUCAGAAUGAAUGUUCAAAGAACAUAUACAAAGAACUGGGAGAUCUAACGAAGAGAAGUCCAACCUUUUUGAUGGACGCCGUUCCUAUCUGUGACAGGUAUCUUGUGAAGGAUUGGUACGUUGCUGUAAACCAUAAAAUGCCAACAACUGCACCUGAACUGGGAUCUUGUGGAACAUUGUAUCCGAUUUGGCUUGAUGAUACCUUGCCUGAAUUACAAGGAACAACGAAGUCAGUAAGUCUUUGCCAAGUCGGCUUUGGUAACCAAUGUUCACAAAGCCAUUCAAUACGUGUAACAAACUGCGGGACUUUUUUUGUCUAUGAACUAACUCCCCUUGAUAUUUGCCAGUCAGCUUAUUGCUUUGAGAAAACUGAGACUUGUGUCAAUGGCGUUCCUUCAAACCUGGCCGUUGCAUAUCACGGAGUUUCAUGGAACACAAAACAUUAUGGGUUACAAACAGUUCACGAUCCCGACGUCAAUUUAGUGUGUCAAUUCGAUCGAUUACCUGACCAGUCCCUCUACUACGAUGUCACGUGGUAUGUUGAUGACACAGAGGUCCUAACAAAUCAAACAGUGUCAUCUAAGUCCUCUGAUCUGGCUCUGCUGACUGGAUCACAGAUAUUGGCAAAAGGAAAGAAGGCGAACUCUAUGGUACAGUGCAUUGUUGGAGCAAAACUAAGUGCAACAGGUGUACGAUGUAAUACAUCUUCAAGCCCAUUGUUCUUUGCAGGAAUAAAGGUAUUAACUCCAACAUUGACAAUCGCUAGAGGAGGACAUGGACAGGUGAAAAUACAGUUUACGAUUCCUUUUGUGAAUAGACAGUUGGUUUAUCUUAAAUCCGAAUAUCAGGACGAAUUAAAGAUUAGUAUUGGGGUUCAUGGUGGAUCCGUUGCUUGUGACGAUCUAAACAAAAACUUUUGUGAAAAAAAAGUGUAUGCUUACAAAAAAAGGGAAUCGGAUAAGUACAAUACCGAUGACUGGAAAGUUAUUCACAAUAUCGCAGUCUACAAUAAAGAUGAUGUCAAAUACAAUCUCAUUGACAAACACAUCACACUGCGCCUUGAGACGGGGGGCACAUCCGGUACCGGAAGCAAAAUAUUUGAUAAGAUCAUUCUUCCAGAUAUUCAGGUUUUUAUCGAGGACACAGACCCGUCCUGGAAAGGAGCUUAUUGUGCAUCCCACACUGAUCCGCAUAUGAAGACUUUUGACGGAAAGUAUUAUGAAUGUCAAUUAGAUGGAACCUUCAUCUUGUAUCGAAACUCACACUUCAACCAAGAGGUACAAGAAAAACAUCACCUAUGCUAUCUAGCCUAUUCAUAUCCACGAUGCAGCUGUGCUGUUGCCGUACGUUCAGGAAAGGACGUGUUCAUGGUUGACAUAUGUAACUCCAAAUCCAUCAUACAUUUUCCAUCUUGUGGGGAUAAAGUUUUAAAAGUCAUAAAAACAAAUGAUAGAUACUACAAGAUAAUAUUGCCAACCGGGACGUUAGUUGAAAUUAAAUUUGUUUCGUGGCCAACACAUAACGAUUGGCAUUUAAACGUCGACAUAUUCCCCUCUCCAUCUGAUGUUGGAAACUCGUCAGGCUUAUGUGGAGUUUUAGAUGGAAAUUACAGAAACGAUGCCACAGGGACGGUUGACAACCCCCAUCUUACUUAUCCAAACGAUUUUUCAGAAUCUUGGAGGGUUAAAGGCAACGAAGUCGACCUGUUUGAUUCUACCUCCUAUAAUAAUCUUGAGUCUAUAUCGGAAGUGUUGGAUCGCGUUUGCACAUGUAAGAGACAUAGUCCAACUGCACGUACCGGUGACAUUGAAUGCAACUAUGGAACAUAUCAGAACUGCAAGUUUGUUGUCGGUAAACAAUACCACUGUAUUUUGAAUCCCGAAGGUCAGUUACGAAGAAAGAGAGACUUGCGUCAUUUGGAAUUGAUGUUUUCGAACGCUCAAACUAAAAAUAAACCAGAAAGAAGACACAAAAGAGAGGUAGUUCCAAAUAUAAAAUCUUAUGAAGAAGCUGAAACCAUUUGCAACACUGCCUUCCAAGGAUCGACGUCGUAUCAGAUAUGUCAAGAAUACGUGACUGACCUAAGCAACAUGUCAUUGAUCAACUGUAUAUCUGACGUCAUGAUGACAGGCGAUGACAACUUUACACAGAUACAUAUAGAGGCUGCCUUGGAGCAGUGCUCUGUUUUUGUUGUUUUAAACACAACUUUUCAAGAAACAGAGCCUGAGAUUACAUAUACGAUAGAGACGUUUUGUCAGAACAACUGCAGCGGACAUGGAAUUUGUAAUGCUGGUAACUGCACUUGUAAUGAAGGAUAUGCUGGCAGCGAUUGUUCCUUUGAUCUCCUUGGACCACCAACCAUUACUCACAUGUCAGACUUUGGACUUUGUGACAAAUCGCACGAAACUUGUGACGAGAUAACUCUGUAUGGAAAAUACUUCAUAGAAAAUAUGAACACAAGCUGCUUCAUGACACGGCACACGUCAAUGGAAGAUGGAAGCUCUGUGUCGAUAGAUGAUUAUGUAGUUGGACUAGAAGAAAGAACAUUGUUUGAGGGCUUCUGCCCACUGGAGUACGACUCAUCCAACCACUGGGUUACAGAAUUUAGCUUUAAUAUUUCAAAUGACGGUAGCAGAUUUACUGAAAACUUUCAGGUUUACACAUACCAAUCGCUUUGCCAGGAAUAUCAAAAUGACACAGGAAAUAUCACAUUUGUUUUUAAGGAGGGAUACUGUUUCAUCAACAACUCAUGUGUGGCUGACGGAUCAACAAACACGAACAACAAGUGUGAUAUAUGCAACACGGCCAAGUCUAAAUCUGAAUGGUCAUAUAAUGAAGGUCACUGUUAUAUAUCCGGGGUUUGCUACAAAUAUGGGGUCUUUGACGGCAGUAACGCCUGCAGUAUCUGUGAUCCUUCUGUAGACAAAUCAGCUUGGUCACCAAACACAGAUUUAUGCUUUAUUGAUGGCAUAUGCUAUGGUGACGGUCAGACACAGAUAGACGAGGACUGUCAUGUCUGCCAUCCAAAUGUAUCGAGAAGCAACUGGACCUUAAAAAAUGAUUGUGUAAGCACUAUAAACAAUGAAACAACAACAACAUCUCCACCAACAACCACGACAAUUCUAGAUACAACAGUAACAACAACCAAAACCAUUGAUACAACAACGCAAGAACCUACAACUACAACAUCAGAACCUACCACUACAACAUCAGAACCUACCACUACAACAUCAGAACCUACCACUACAACAUUAGAACCUACCACCAUAACUCAAGAACCUACAACUACAACACGGGAACCUACCACUACAACUCAAACACCUAUCACUACAACAUCGAAACUUACCACCACAACACAAGAACCUACCACCACAACACCAGAACCUACCACCAUGACUCAAGAACCUACCACUACAAUUCAAACACAUACCACUUCAACGUCGGAACCUACCACCUCAACACCAAAACAUACAACCUCAACACCAGAACCUACCACCUCAACACCAGAACUUACCAGAACUACGCCAGGACCUACCACCACUACUCAAGAACCUCCCACUACAACUCAAGAACCUACCACCACAACGCCAGAACCUACCAUCACAACUGAAGAACCUACCACUACAACUCAAAAACCUACCACUACGACACAAGAACCUACCACAACAAUUCAAAACCCUACAACUAGUCCUCAAGAACCUCCAACUACAAUGCAAAAGCUUACCACUACAACUCAAAAACCUACCACUUAUCCUCAGGAACCUCCAACUACAACUGAAGAACCUACCACUACAACUCAAGAACCUCCAACUACAACACCAGAACCUACCACUACAACACAAGAACCUAUCAAUACAACUCAAGAACCUCCUCAAGAACCUCCAACUACAACACAAAAGCCUACCACUACAACUCAAAACCCUCCCAUCAGUCCUCAAGAACCUCCAGCUACAACUCAAGAACCCACCACUACAACUCAAGAACCUACCACUACAACUUAUGAACCAACCACUACAACUCAAGAACCUACCACUACAACUCAAGAACCUACCACUACAACACAAGAACCUACCAUUUAAACUCAAAAACCUACAGCUACAACAUUAGAACCAACCACGGCAACUCAAGAAGUUCCAACUACAACUCAAGAACCUACCACUACAACUCAUGAACCUACCACUACAACUCAAGAACUUACAACUUCAACACCAGAACCCACCACUACAACUCAAAAACCUACCAUUACAACUCAAAAACCUACAGCUGCAGCAUCAGAACCAACCACUACAACUCAAGAACUUCCAACUACAACUCAAGAACCUACCACUACAACUCAAGAAUCUUCCACUACAACUCAAGAACCUACCAUUAUAUCUCACGAACCUGUCACUACACCUCAAGAACUUACAACUACAACACCAGAGCCUACCACCACGACUCAAGAACUUAGAUCUAAAACUCAAGAACCUACCACUGCAACUCAAGAACUUAUCACUACAACUCAAGAACCUACAACAACAUCGGUACCUACCACUACAACUCAAGAACUUAGAACUAAAACUCAAGAACCUACCACUACAACUCAAGAACCUACAACAACAUCGGCACCUACCACUCCAACACAAGAACCUACCACUGCAUCUUCGGAAACCUCAACAUCACCAGAACACACAACCACAACUCAAGAAACUUCCACUACAACACCUGAACUGAUCACUAUAACAUCAGUUCCAUUGACUACAGAGCAACCUUAUUGUAUGAAAAUUCCAGAAGAAGUGUUAGUAGAGUAUCAUAGUGUAUCAUGGUUCAGUACCAAUGAAACAAAUACCACGACAAUAUGGACCGUGCACCAGCCAUACAUUAACUUCAAAUGCAUGUUUGUGUUGCGUCAAGACACAUCAUUAUUCUACAAGAUUGAGUGGUUUGUCAAUAAUGCCACUUUAAUAAAAACAGUCACAGUGUCAGAGGCUGAUAUUGGUCUGGCUACUUUGUCCUCUAAUGAUCUACCACCACUUGACAAGACGGCAGGACUUCAGAUACAAUGCACAGUUAGUGUGUCAAAAGAUCUUCCGCCUGCAAAUUGCGAACGUAAUACUAGCCCCGUCUUCUUUGCUGGGAUAAAGGUAAUCCAAGCAUAUCAUGAUCUUUUGCGGAAAGGUAAAACGUCUAUAAUGCUGUACAUGACAAUUCCUUACGUUACAAAAACCGUAGUUGUGAAUGGGCAAGUUCAACCACUGCCCGCCUUGGCAAUAUAUCCCCAUCUUCCUCAAUCAACAUCCAGCUGCAGAGGUACUAUUGGUGUCGAUAAGUGUGUGAUUGAAUUCAAGGCUUUUUCUUUCACUGAGAGACAAAUGUAUGAUUCUAAUGAUUGGAGACAGAAUCAAACACUUGUUUUAAAUCACGUGGACACAAAUGGAUAUGAAAUUGAUCAAUCCAUGACGGUACAACUGAAGACCAGGUCAGAUGGUAAUACGUUUUGGAACAAUUUUAAUCAAAACAUAUCGAUGACAAUCACAGAUUAUAAUGAAUAUUGGAAAGGGACGUCGUGUGGCUCCAAAACUGAUCCCCACAUGUAUACGUUUGAUGGAGUAUCAUAUGAAAAUCACAUAGAGGGAGAAUUCGUCUUAUAUCGGAAUAUGUUAUAUAAUCAAGAGGUACAGACUAGACACAAGCAGUGUCACCCUGAUUACAAUUUUCCUCAUUGCACAUGCGCAGUAUCCGUGCAAUCAGGUCAAGACGUUUUUCUUGUGGAUCUGUGCGGAGACGUACAAUUCGUUGAUUUUCUCAGCUGUAAUGAUAGCGUUAUCCAAGUCUACAAAAAAAGUGACAAACUCUACAAGAUUUCUUUACCUACUGGAACCUACGUGAUGGUGUCCCUUGUUGAGUGGCCUGUCCAAGGAUCCUGGCAGAUAGACAUUGAUAUCUAUCCGUCCUUGUCUGAUGUGAAUAACACAGAAGGUCUCUGUGGAACUUUAGACGGAGACCGCGAUAACGACUUCAAAAGACGGAACGGGGACACAGACAAUGUGAACCUUGUAUAUCCGGAUGACUUCUCAAAUUCAUGGAAGGUGUUGGACAAUGGAAAUUUGUUGAAAGAACCACUCUCUACGAGACAACCAAUUUCUUCAACCCUUGAUAAGAUCUGCAUGUGUACGUCCAAUGGUGAUCAGUGUUCAUACAAUACUUUGACCCAUUGUUCAACAACUGUUAAAAAACAAUUCCUGUGCACCGAGCUAACAGUUCAAACUUCUGUGUCUCGUAAAAAGAGAGCUUUAUCACAGAAAUGGAUACCUCCUAGCCUUUCAGUACCAAAACCUUUAACAAGAAACAAACGAGACGUACAAUUCAACAUUUCAACUUCACGGGAAAAUGCAGAGUCAGUUUGCACCUCAGCGUUUGAAAGUUCUGAUCCAUAUAAAACAUGCCAGGAAUAUGUCAGUGACUUGAGCAAUUCAUCACUUUCAAACUGCAUAAACGAUGUCAUUAUGACAGGUGAUUAUAACAUCACAGCAAUCCACGUUGAAGCGGCUCUACACCAAUGUGUGACUUUUGUUGGCUUGAACACAACACUACAAAAUGCUAAUCCAGUCGUUACUUCUAGCCUACAAAGUCUUUGUCCUAGUAAUUGUAGCGGACAUGGCGUUUGUAACAAGGGUAACUGUUCGUGUGAAGUUGGAUUUGGUGGAAGUGAUUGUUCCUUUGAUAUCCUGUCGCCACCAGUUAUCUGGGAAUCAACACCAAGUGCCAUUUGUGACAAAUCUCUGCAUCAGUGUUCCAGGGUUUACCUCAAGGGGCGCUACUUCCUUGAAAAUGUUGAAAAAAAUUGUUUCUUUAAUAAACAAUCAAUUCACCAUGAUGGUUCUGUACUUGCUUCAACUCAACUAGAGAGCUCCCUAGAAGAUGAAAAUCUGUUCAGAGGAUCCUGUUCAAUACCAAGCAAUGACGUCACAUCCUGGGUUACCAAGUAUAUGUUUAAUGUGUCCUAUGACCGUAAACACUUUACUCAGUCGUUUUCGUUUUAUACGUAUCAAUCUGAAUGCCCACGAUCAGUGGAAAAGGGACUUGACCAGUUUACAUUGAAUAAAGAAUACUGUUUUAUUAAUAACACAUGCGUUCAACUGGCCGCGAUUAAUCCUGAAAAUCGAUGUCAAGUGUGCUAUCCAGACAGAAACAACUACCAAUGGUCUGGAAUACAAGAUUGUGAAUCUACAACAACACCAGAACCAUCAGCUUUAUCCACCUCCACUAUAGUUUACAUAGUCACUGCAUCGGUCCUGGGUUUUAUUUUGGUGGUUGCAAUUGUAGUUGUAAUCGGAGUUUGGAAAUAUCGUCGGUCUAGGCAAUACGCUGAGAGCAGUGAAGAUGAGCACACAGACUACAGGAGGGAUGUCGUCAGUAAAUCCUGGAUGCGCUUCUUUGAUGACGGAAAGCUCCCAUAUAUACCUAGGGGUAGUCGAUACUCUACUCAGACUUAUUCCAGUCCAAAAACUGAACGAUUUUAUUAAGAUCAAGAACCGAGAAACUUCUGAGUGUAAUCAUAUAAGUAUAUUCGGAUUGUGUUCCUAUAUAUUCGAUGUUUGACUAACUGAAAUAAAUCAAAUGUAUUUCUAUAUCAUAUCAAAAAGUGCUUAAAUAUUGUUUUUAAGGCAACGGAACAUAUUAUUUUUCAUAAUUAUACCUUUUCAAAAGACUUACAUAUAGCAUUCUUAUUAUGUAUAAAUAUACAUGUAAAAAUAUGAGAUAGAUUUAACGACAAGUCAUAAUACUAUCAACAUACAUAAUUUUUUGAUGUUCAAUUUUUUUAGUUCUUUACAUUAUUCAUGUACUAAAGUUUUAUAUUGUUUGGAUUUUUCCUGUACUGUAAUCAUUGAGAACUAGUUAGACACAUUUGUUAUCAAUAUUUAUCAGUCAUUUUUUAAAAUAUAUUAUAAAAACAUUUUUUUUAGAAAAAGUGUGACAUUAAAAUGACCGCUUAUUAUUUUUUUCUAAUCGUGUGCACAAUAUGAAGUUGUUUUAAUAUCAAACUUACCUUGCAACUAUGUCAUACCCCAAGGAGAUUUCUUUUAAAAGUUCAUAAAUCAUCCACUUUUAAAUUUUGUUCUUUAAUGAUAAUUAAAGUAUCAAUAUAAAAAUAGUAAUGUAUUAUAAGUGUUCACAAUAAAAUGUCAUAUUCCCAA